GACCGAGGAGGGGGGGGGAAAGGAGGGUAAAGGUCGCUCGGAGCGCUCAGGCGGGAGGCAGCCAGGACGGGACGGUCUCGCCGCCGGAGCAGCCAUGGCGGAAGAGCCGCGGAAGAAGCCUCCUCAGGCGCCCAUCAGCCCCGUCAAGAACUUCUUCGCCGGAGGCUUCGGGGGCGUCUGCUUGGUUUUCGUGGGACACCCGUUAGACACUAUCAAGGUCAGACUACAGACUCAGCCAAAACCUUUGCCAGGACAGUCUCUGGUCUACAAUGGGACUUUUGACUGCUUCAAAAAGACGCUUGUUAAAGAGGGUGUCCGAGGCUUGUACAAGGGGAUGGCAGCUCCUAUUGUUGGGGUGACCCCUAUGUUUGCCGUGUGUUUCUUUGGAUUUGGCUUGGGCAAAAAACUCCAGCAGAGGACCCCUGAUGACGUUCUAACGUAUCCCCAGUUGUUUGCAGCAGGCAUGUUAUCUGGGGUGUUUACCACUGCAAUUAUGGCUCCAGGAGAGAGGAUCAAGUGCCUUCUACAGAUCCAGGCGGCCUCGGGCGAAACCAAAUACGGGGGGCCUUUGGACUGUGCCAAACAAUUGUAUCGUGAGGCUGGAAUUCGAGGUGUAUACAAAGGAACGGUGCUCACUCUCAUGAGGGAUGUUCCAGCCAGCGGGAUGUACUUCAUGACCUAUGAAUGGCUGAAAAACAUUCUGACACCUCAAGGGCAGAGUGUCAGUGACCUCAGUGUGCCUAGGAUUCUCGUUGCUGGUGGCAUGGCAGGGAUCUUCAACUGGGCUGUUGGGAUCCCACCAGAUGUGUUGAAAUCCCGCUUCCAGACGGCUCCACCAGGGAAGUACCCCAAUGGCUUCCGAGACGUCCUGAGGGAGCUUAUCCGAGAAGAGGGGGUGAUGUCGCUGUAUAAGGGGUUCACAGCUGUGAUGAUCAGGGCCUUCCCUGCCAACGCCGCCUGUUUCCUUGGCUUUGAAGUUUCCAUGAAGUUUCUAAACUGGCUUGUGCCUGGUCUGUAAGGACCAGGAGAGGUGUGUUCCAGAGGGAACUCAACGACC